AUGGAGACGACGGAGCAGAAGGAACUGCGUCGGGUCGCUUUCUUCGCCAUCGUCGUCAGCACAGUGGCAGUGAUCGCCGCCGUGGUCACUCUGCCCAUGCUGUACAGUUACGUUGCAAAUUUCCAGUCUCAUCUCAUUAUCGAGACCGACUUCUGCAAGACUCGGGCAAGAGACAUGUGGGCCGAAAUUCAUCAUAUUGAUGGACCUGAGUUCAGUCGUGUCAAAAGACAGUACGGCGCCUCGCCAAACCCACCCCUCUCGAAUCCAGGUGGUGCUUAUGGACAACCUGUGGUUAAUGCUGAACCUGCUCCUACGUGCUGUCCUUGCCAGCAGGGACCUGUCGGACCACCAGGACCACCUGGAGACGACGGUGAAGACGGAGAAGACGGAACUCGUGGUAAUGACGCCACCAGCGGAAAGGACGGAAGUAUGCUCGAGUCAGCCAUCAGCAAUGAAGCCUGUAUAAUCUGCCCACCUGGUCCCCCAGGACCCCAAGGCAUGGCAGGAGGUAAAGGACCACAAGGACCGAAAGGAGCCCCUGGAGAGAAUGGCGACGACGGCAAACCAGGCCUAGCAGGAAUGCAAGGACCAAUGGGUAUGAUGGGAAUGCCAGGACGACAAGGUGUAGCCGGACCAAAAGGUGCACCCGGAAGAAUCGUGCAGGUUAACGGCCCAGCUGGGCCAACUGGUCACAAAGGACCACGCGGUCCACCAGGGCCGCGAGGUGAAGCCGGACUGGACGGAGGAAACAUUGAAGGACCGCCUGGGCCACCCGGACCUGCUGGCCGUCCUGGACCACCCGGACAACCUGGACCACAAGGAACACAGGGUGUGCAAGGAGCUGCAGGAGAGCCAGGAAGUUGCGAGCACUGUCCCAUCCCGCGUACACCACCUGGAUAUUAG